UCGAGUCUCUAUAUUAUCCCUUUUCUCACUACAAAUUCUUAUCACUUCAAUUACGGCCAACUAGGUAGCCAUCAACGAUUGCACAAAAACAUAUUAUAGUGUUGUGUUCAUAAUAUUGCUUGUGUCGGUAAUUUUUUUUGAAACGCGCUUGUGUUGUUGAUUACUGUCUCGUCCUAACUUGGUGUUCCCGAUUCAAAUGACAUACUCGUUGAAUGCUUCCAUUCCAAUUCUUUUGAAACACACCGCCGGAAACAAUGAAGAAAAUGCUUCAAAAAACACUGAAUCCGUUGGCAGGAUAUGCCAUGAGAUUGAAUUUGAGAGCUGCAAGACUCUUGAAGCUCCUUGUUCCUGCUCUGGCACUGUCAAGUAUGCACACAGGGACUGCAUACAGAGGUGGUGUGAAGAAAAGGGAGACACCACCUGUGAAAUAUGCUUGCAGAAUUUCGAACCUGGGUAUACUGUCCCUGUCGAUAAGGUCUUGCUGGAUGGAUCUGUUACCAUAAGGGGAAGUUUACUAGUUCCCAGGAGAGGGCAAGGAGGUUUGGACGAGCAGCUGAUCACCAGUGAAUUCUCAUCGAAUCGCUGGAAUUGCUUCAGAGUGGUUGCUCUGAUAUUCACAAUACUUUUCCUCCUGCAACAUGUUUUCACGUUGCUCGUCGGCGCAACAGAAAAUUUCCCGUUUUCACUCUUUAUUCUACUUGUUGCAAAAACCACUGGAAUAGUACUUCCCAUAUAUGUAAUGAUCCUCAUAGUAAGAUCAAUCCGCAAGAGUUUACGGAACAGGCAUCAAUACGAGGCUCCUGAAGAAGUUCAACCAUCUUCUGAAAGUGGAGGAGGUGAAGAGGCUGAGGCGGGGGCGGAGGCGGAAGAUCACCUUGAACAUAGAGUUGAAAUACAUUCCACGUGAAGGAGGAGGAUCUUUACCUUCAAGAUCUCGAUGAAAUCCAUCUUCAUGCUCAAAAAGAUGGAUUUCAUUUCAAGUCAAUCAUAUUUGUUGAUUUCAUAUAUAUAUUAGAUGUAGUCAUAGUAGAGCAAGAGCCCUUGUUUUUCCAGGCAAGCAUGAGUCCUUUGUGUAUAGUACAAACACCCUCUUAUUGCGGGGAAAACAAUAGCAAGUUUUUUCUAUUGUUAUUGACAAAGUUAUAGAAUAAAGUUAAUAUUUCUAGAAAUUACUUCAUCGAAGGACAAAAAGAGCAUAAUCAUAUGUAUAUCUUGUCCCUCUACAACUUUCUGGUUGUUUGUAUACUCAUAGUUGAAAGAGAAUACAGAUGUUUCAAAACUUGCAAAUUUGUAAAGAAGGAAGAAGACUUUCAUAA